GAGUUAGUGAAAUAUUCAGCCAAAAGGGUCGAAGCAAAUCGUCUUAUCUUCCUUUCCCUCGCCUCGCCUCGCCUCCCUUCUCAAGAGUGGAGCUCUCGUCCUGUGUAUCUCACUGGAGCUCUGUGGCCCCUCUCACGGUCUUCGCUAUCCAAAUCUCUGAACGAUUCAACGACGCCGUCUUUGAGAAUCGCGAUUUGACGCUUUAUUACGUGAUUCUCCCUCCUUUCUGCCAUUAACUUCAUUAUCGGGUUUCUUCAAAGCGCAAGUUCUUUCAGCUAAACGAUUGAAGGCCGUUAGCCAUUAAAAAAGACCGAAUCGUUAAAAAUGGGAAUAUUUGGGACUUGAUAAGUGGAGUCUUGCAUUUGAUGCCAAGCAUGGGAGAUGUAGAGAAAGUGUGUUAGGUGAAAGGGUGAGUGUCUCAAGCAAAAAAUCUUGACAUUUUUGGAUCAACUGGAUGAGAGAAUGAGGAUAGUAGAUGUUGGUUGCUUGCACAUUGGGCCUAGCAGUACUUGUGAAGUAUUGCAGGAUUGCAUGAGUUGAGUAGUCUUCAAGAUUCACUCGAGGUUGCUUCUCUUCCGCCAUGAGUGGUGUCUCCUCCAAGAUAAGAGAGCAAGGAGGGAGCGAAACUGGUUGAGGUUGAAGAGAAGAAGACUCUCCUUGUCUAGCUUGCCUUUCUUGGUGCUUUUGUUUCUUCCUUUUUGAAUUGUAUUUUUUGCAAGUCUUUUCAAUCUCCGGAUCACAUGGAACUGAUUUCCCUCUUCAAGCUUUACCUCGCAUACAAGAAACAAUAGAUACUAGAAGCACAAGUUAGAACAAAGAGACAAGAAUUGAAAGCUAGAAUUUUAAAGAUAAAGAAUGAAAGGCCUAAAUAUGGUCACACAAAUGAUUGGGCACGAGGAACAAAGUCUCUGACAACGGCGUCAAAAACUUGUUAACCGAUUGACAAGUGAACCAAAUCACGCAAGUAGUAAUAAAAUGGCAAAAGUGGAAGUUUUGUUUGGUAUCAGGUGAUGGCAUCUUUGGAAAUAAAAUCUGGUGCAUUGGUUUCUUUACAAGACCUGCGCCCAUCUUCUCCUUUUUUUAAGCAAGGUGCUUCACUCAGAAUAACUGGAAAGUUGCACGAAUACUCUAUAGAGACAGGCCUAGCAACAAUUAUCGAUGGUGAUGACAUUCUAAAAGUUAGUACCAAACAUCUGAGGGACCUUACUUUUCAAGUUGGCUCUGUCUACCAAUUCAUUGGUGAACUCCUUAUCCAACCUGACAAUGAGGGAGUUUUGCAAGCACGUGUUGGUAGAAACGUUGAUGGGAUUGAUCUCAAUCUUUAUCAUCAAUCUCUGCUGCUUUUAAGACAGUUUCAAACCAAUCAUUUAAACAAUCCAGCAACAAUGUAGGAGUAUUUGAACACAGAAGUCGUCAUGCUAAUAUAAAAAUACACUUCUCUCUGUUUUUCCCAUAAAGACGGUGUUCUGCACUCUACAGUGUUCAUUGUGUAAACAGAGUCUUAACAAUGUUAAGAUUUCAUUUUAUUUUAUUCUCACUUUAUUUGGCUGCAAAUGGAACAUGACAUCAAAGAUCUGUUAGGUAUGAGUUGUGCUUAGCUGGGAUGCUUUAAGGGGACAUUUAGCUUUUCAUGUGAAGCUAUGCAUCAAACUUUUGGUCUUCCUUUGUUUUGCAAUCUGAAAAAUGAGGUAAGGGAGGGGGAGGGAUGGUGGUAUAUUUAAGGCAACAUAGAAGAUACUUUAUUUAAAUACAUGUCAGCUGUCUCUUUUUUAUGUUACACCACUAUUUCAAUUUUCAA